ACUCGCUGCCCGGGCUCAGUCGCAGCCCCUCGGAGUCCGGAGCCGGCCGCCCCUGCGGACCGGACUGUGCGGCCGGCGGCCGGGACGUAGCCCCCAGCCCGCGAGGAGGGCGCGGCGCAGGCGGCGGCGGCGCGGCGGGGAGGAGCCCGGGCCGGAACCAGGGCUGGGCCGGGGGCGGGGACGCCGGGGUCCCGGAGCCCCGGCGCCCGAGCGAGCGAACAAGCGUCGCGGGAGGAUCGGGAAGGAGGAGCACAGCCGGAGCAAGCCGAGCUGCCCCCAAAGUGUGAUGCCCCGGCGAGGGUAGGGCGCGCGGCGGCCGGCCGGCGCGGCGCGGAGGGAGGACGCCCGGGAGCUGCGCGGCGCCGAGCGGCGCGGAGGGGCAGUCCCAGCGGGCGGCGGCGGGCCCGGGCGGCGACCGGAGCGAGCCCCAUGCCCCGCGCGGGCUGACGGGCCGGAGCCCGCACGGAGCGGCCGGGCCGGACAGGUCCCGCUAGAGCGACAUGAUGGUGGAAUCCGCCUCGGAGACAAUCAGGUCGGCUCCGUCUGGUCAGAACGGCGUGGGCAGCCUCUCCGGGCAGGCCGAUGGCGGCGGCGGCGGCGGCAGCGGCGGCGGCGGCGGGGCCGGGACUGCGGGCCCCGCCGGAGGCAGCGCGGGCAGGGAUGCGGCCGCGGGCGCAGACAGCAACGGCGAGAUGAGCCCUGCGGAGCUGCUCCACUUCCAGCAGCAACAGGCUCUCCAAGUGGCCCGGCAGUUCCUGCUGCAGCAGGCCUCGGGCCUGAGCUCCCCAGGGAACAAUGACAGCAAGCAGUCGGCCUCUGCCGUGCAGGUGCCCGUGUCGGUGGCCAUGAUGUCGCCGCAGAUGCUCACCCCCCAGCAGAUGCAGCAGAUCCUGUCGCCCCCACAGCUGCAGGCCUUGCUCCAGCAGCAGCAGGCGCUCAUGCUGCAGCAGCUGCAGGAAUAUUACAAGAAGCAGCAAGAGCAACUCCACUUACAACUCCUCACGCAACAGCAGGCUGGGAAGCAGCAACCCAAAGAGGCCCUGGGGAACAAGCAGCUGGCCUUCCAGCAACAGCUCCUGCAAAUGCAACAGCUGCAGCAACAGCACCUGCUCAACCUGCAGAGACAGGGGCUGGUCAGCCUGCAGCCCAGCCAAGCCUCGGGGCCCCUCCAGACCCUCCCGCAAGCCGUGUGCCCGACAGACCUGCCCCAGCUGUGGAAGGGCGAGGGUGCCCCCGGGCAGCCCGCCGAGGACAGCGUCAAGCAGGAGGGGCUGGACCUCACCGGCACGGCCACCACCGCUACCUCGUUCGCCGCCCCCCCCAAAGUCUCACCCCCCCUCUCCCACCACACCCUGCCCAACGGACAGCCCACUGUGCUCACACCUCGGAGAGACAGCUCCUCCCACGAGGAGACGCCCGGCUCCCACCCCCUCUACGGACACGGAGAGUGCAAGUGGCCAGGCUGUGAGACCCUGUGUGAAGACCUGGGCCAGUUUAUCAAACACCUCAACACAGAGCACGCCCUGGACGACCGGAGCACAGCCCAGUGCCGCGUGCAGAUGCAGGUGGUGCAGCAGCUGGAGAUCCAGCUCGCCAAGGAGAGCGAGCGGCUGCAGGCCAUGAUGGCCCAUCUGCACAUGCGGCCCUCGGAGCCCAAGCCCUUCAGUCAGCCACUGAACCCAGUCCCCGGCUCCUCCUCAUUCUCCAAGGUGACCGUCUCCGCAGCCGACUCGUUCCCAGAUGGUCUCGUACACCCCCCCACCUCGGCCGCUGCCCCUGUCACCCCCCUACGGCCCCCUGGCCUCGGCUCUGCCUCCCUGCACAGUGGGGGGCCCGCGCGGCGGAGGAGCAGCGACAAGUUCUGCUCCCCCAUCUCCUCAGAGCUGGCGCAGAAUCAUGAGUUCUACAAGAACGCCGACGUCCGGCCCCCCUUCACCUACGCCUCCCUCAUCCGCCAGGCCAUCCUGGAAACCCCCGACAGGCAGCUGACCCUGAAUGAGAUCUAUAACUGGUUCACCAGGAUGUUCGCCUAUUUCCGGAGAAACACGGCCACCUGGAAGAAUGCAGUGCGACACAACCUCAGCCUGCACAAGUGCUUCGUGCGCGUGGAGAACGUCAAGGGCGCCGUGUGGACUGUGGACGAGCGGGAGUACCAGAAGCGGAGACCACCAAAGAUGACGGGGAGCCCCACCCUGGUGAAGAACAUGAUUUCGGGCCUCAGUUAUGGAGCACUUAACGCCAGCUACCAGGCUGCCCUGGCCGAGAGCAGCUUCCCCCUCCUCAACAGCCCUGGCAUGCUGAACCCUGGCUCCGCCAGCAGCCUCCUGCCCCUCAGCCAUGACGACGUGGGCGCCCCCAUGGAGCCGCUGCCCAGCAAUGGCAGCAGCAGCCCCCCUCGCCUCUCCCCACCCCAGUACAGCCACCAGGUGCAGGUGAAAGAGGAGCCAGCUGAGGCGGAGGAAGACAGGCGGCCGGGACCCCCCCUGGGGCCCCCUAACCCCAGCACCUCGGGGCCUCCAGAAGACAGGGACCUGGAGGAGGAGCUGCCGGGAGAGGAACUGUCCUAAGGGCCUCUAGGGGCAGGCAGGGCAGGGGUGAGACCCCUCCCUCCCGGAAGCCAGGCCCCACCUACCCCGACUCCUCGCCCCGCCCAACCUCAAGGCACUUCCAGGACUCAGAUGGGGGGCUGGGCCAGCAACUCCCAAGGUGACCUGACUGACCUACGACGACGCUCGGAGUGGGGGGGCAGGGACCGGCUGCCCCCGAGGGGACACAGAACCCCUGGUCUGGGACCGGCAGAGGACACGGAGGGCCCAGACCCCUCCUCAGACUCCCCCGCCCACAUCCGAAUCCCGCCUCCCCCGCCCCCCAACCACCAGCAGCAGCAGCAGGGCCCUCCUCCCCCACCAGCUCGCCCCCGCAGGGCCCCUCAGUGCCCCUCAGUGCCAUGGAGACCCGCAGGCGGGGCUGAGCCACCCUCUCACACCCAGGGCCCCCCCAUCUCGCUCUGGCAGUACUUUCUGGCCAGAGGCCCCCGUUUCCCUAAUUUGUGCGCCCUUCCACCUUCUUGUCCUUACUGUGAAGAAGUAGCUCCACCCCUGCUCCUACCCCUGGCCUGGGUUGGGGGCACCUAAAGUCUCAGAGCAGCCCCAGGAAAAACCUGUCCCUCAGCUGUGCCCAAUCAAGAGCCACAGCUGGUGAGGGGGGGGAACAAGUGGAGUGCCCCGGGGGGUUCCGUGGGAGCAGGGCUGCCUGGUUCCGGGUCCCCCCCAGGCCGAACUGGGCCUCCACCCCCAUUUCCUGGGUGCUGCCCCCCAGGCCAGGGAGCAUAGGAAGUGGCCCGGUGCCCACCUCGUCCACAGAGACCUGUGCCCGGUGCACUCGUGGAGGUAGAGCCGCUGAAGGCGGCCGAGCUACCCUUGAGGCUGGAGUUGGGGCCCCAGGUGGUGCCAGGACUGCGGGAAGCAUCUGCCUGUGUCCCAGGGAAAGGCCAGGCUGACACCAGGCUUGAGGGGCGGGUGGGAUGAAUACGGUGGCUGCUGUGACCUGACAGGUCACUCCCACCCCAGCCUUCAGGUCCCCCACCGCAGUCUUCCCUCACCCGCCCUCAGCACCCCUUCCCUGUCCCCCCACCCCCCAGUUACACAGAUGACCAAAGACCUUUCUUAUGCCGGAAGCAAAAACCAAAACUUUUUGUUGGCUUUUUCCUUUGUCGCCUCCCGUACCCCCUGCUCAUCCCGCUUCCCAUCGCGGCCCCAGGCUGGAAGCCCUCCCCAACUUAAGUUAUUGUUUUAAACCAAAGUUUACAGUGUCUGUUGGUGGCCAAGACCCUCUCUCUCCACCCUCCCUCCACCCCACCCUGAGGACCCUGGGACUCAGUAGAGGUUGGCGACCCUGCUCACCUCCCCUCUGCUCUUGCCCAGCCCGGGGGGGAAAGAAAGCAGGCAGAGGGGAGGAGAUGGGCAGCCCUCGGCACCCCGCGGGGUUCUCGGCCCCUUGGGUGGUGGGCACGGGAGCCCUCUUCCCAACCCUGGGCUGCUUACUGGGGGCUCUCCAGACCCCUCUCUCCAGGACCAAGUCCCCCAUCACACUGGGAGUGUGGAUUCCAGCGAAGGAGCUGGAAAAAAAGUGAGACUCUCCACAGACCCCCUAUGGGGGACCCCAACUUAAGGCCAAGGACUGGGUGUAUUUGAUGCUUAUGACACCCCAGGCCAGGCCCCUUUGCUGAGAAGACUCCUUGGACUAUUUCCCAAGAAACCCCCCACAUACACCCCUUCACAAUCCACCCCUCCCAAGAGGCAGGGGGCCCUCCGCCCCCUCCCCUAUGUACUCCCCACCUGUGUUCUGUUUGACCAGCACAGAAAUAUUAAACGUCCUCUAUUCACA